GCGUCGGAUAAGUUACAUUUAUACUAACAGUAAUGGCUAAACAAAGUUCUAUUUUCAACUUCUUUACGAAGUCGCCUCCACCUGUCGCAAAAGGAAAAUCUAAUCCAUCUCCAACAGAAGCAGAUUUACCUUCCUCUGUUUUAAAGUCGAACAGUUCCCCGAGUGAAGAAGCUAAACAAGCAGCAUGUAACACUAGGAAGACUUCUGAGAAUACAAGCAAAACUUCGGCUAAAACUGGCUAUGCUAAAUUGCUUGGAGACAAAACAGUGUCUACAAAGCACAGCUCUUCAUUUCCUUUUCACGCCGGAGAUCUAGUAUGGGCAAAACUGGAAGGACACCCAUGGUGGCCCUGCAUGAUAGUCCCACAACCUCUGAGUGGACAGCAAAUGAGGGGCAGAGGCCAAGAUCACAGGGUGCAUGUCCAUUUUUUUGAUGAACCACCAACAAGGGGCUGGGUCAGAAUAAAGUACAUUCGAGAAUAUAAAGGUUCAGACAGUUCUGAUGCCAAAACAGGUGGUUUGUUCUUCAGUGGGAAGCCUGUAAUCCGGAGGGCAAUGGAGCUAGCGGACCAUCUGCUUCAGGACAGUCCGGAAAAGAGACUGAAGAUUCCACUGUGCAUGGAUGCCUCAGAUGAGGAAGGGGACAAUGAUUACAAGAUGGAGGUUGAAAAGUCAACACCAUCAGAUGAGAUGUCAGAAGAAGAGGUUCCAAAAGUGAGAUCUUCUAGACAUUUAUCACGUGUUACAGCAGAGAGGGCUCAAAAGACCAAACGUCGACGUAUUGUUGUAGCCUCUGACAGUGAAGGCUCUGAUGAGGAGUUUAAGCCUGGCCAGCUUGGAAGCAGUAGUGAGGAGGAGGAUGGUGUAAGCAGUGGUGUGGAGGAGAAUGAUGAGAGUAUGCCUGAAUCUGAACCAGAUAGUCCUGUGAAACCUGUAAAACGGAAACGUGCAUUAGAGAAAGUUGCUAAAACGAAGACUAAGUCAACAUGUUCUGAGGUUCACAAGAGCAUUGUAGUGAGCCACCCUUCGGUAAAAGCUGACACAAAAUCACGUCUGUCUGCGUUCUCUGCUCCUGGCACUUUUGAGAGCCAGAACUCGGGUGCAGGAAAACUCGAAGGGCCUGGGGUAUGGGACCAUGAAAAACUAGAUUGGCUGCAGGAUGGUAAAAGAAAGGAUGCUCAUCGAAGACGUCAGUCAGAUGAUGACUAUGACCCAACUACACUAUAUGUGCCUGAAGACUUUCUUAACAGGGUUACACCUGGCAUGCGACGCUGGUGGCAGCUUAAAUUAGAGAUGUUCGAUACUGUUCUUUUCUAUAAAGUGGGUAAAUUUUAUGAGCUGUACCACAUGGAUGCUGUAAUUGGUGUUAAUGAAUUGGGGCUUACCUUCAUGAAGGGCACCUGGGCACAUUCUGGUUUUCCUGAAAUAGGUUUUGGUCGGUUCUCUGAUGUGCUGGUACAAAAAGGUUACAAGGUGGCACGGGUGGAACAGACAGAAACCCCAGAAAUGAUGGAAGCUCGGUGUAAGGCUAUGGUGCGUCCUACCAAAUUUGACCGAGUUGUUCGCAGAGAGGUGUGCAGAGUAAUUACAAAGGGCACACAAACAUACAGUGUACUUGACGGUGCACCAUCUGAGGUUCAAAGCAGGUACCUGCUGAGUGUGAAAGAAAAAAACCAGGAGGACAUUUCAGGUAAUGGUCACAUUUAUGGGGUCUGCUUUAUUGACACCUCUGUUGGUCGCUUUUACUUGGGCCAGUUCCAAGAUGACCGCCACUGUUCCCGCCUGCGUACCUUAGUUGCACAUUAUGUGCCAGCCCAAUUACUGUUUGAGAGGGGCAACCUUUCAGCUGAGACACAAAAGAUCUUCAAGGCUGCACUUUCCUCAGCAAUGUGUGAAAGUCUCAAUGCUGGCUCACAGUUCUGGGAUGCUCAGAAAACCCUCAAGACCCUGGCAGAUGACGACUACUUUAAAGAAAAUAAAGAGGCAGGUGGUAAAUCUGGAGGAUUAGCACUUCCCAGUGUUUUAAAAGCAAUGACCUCUGAGAAUGAUUCACUAGGCCUUACUCCUAAAGAAGGAAAUGAACUUGCACUCUCAGCAUUGGGAGGAUGUGUGUUCUAUCUUAAAAAAUGUCUGGUAGAUCAGGAGCUUCUCUCCAUGGCCAAUUUUCAAGAGUAUGUUCCUGUGGAUGUUGAGAUAAAGCAGUCAAUGAAUUCGUCAUGUUUCUUUGCCCAAACUAACCAGCAUAUGGUCCUGGAUGGUGUAACUCUUGCCAACCUUGAGAUCCUCCAAAAUGCUUCUACUGGAGGCCCUGAAGGUACUUUGCUUGAGAGAUUGGACACCUGCUCUACUCCUUUUGGUAAAAGGCUACUAAAACAGUGGCUCUGUGCUCCUCUCUGUAAUCCUAGCUCAAUCAAGGAUCGGUUGAAUGCUCUUGAAGAUCUGAUGAGUGUCCCAGCACAAGUGACUGAGGCUACAGAGCUACUCAAGAAAAUUCCAGACCUUGAAAGACUGCUUAGCAAAGUCCAUAGUAUGGGUACUCCGUUGAAGGGACAGGACCACCCGGACAGCAGGGCUAUUCUGUAUGAGGAGACUGUCUAUAGCAAACGCAAGAUAGCUGAUUUCCUCUCAACACUGGAGGGGUUCAAGGCCAUGCAAGAGAUUGUAUCAAUAAUGGAAUCUGUUUCAGAUGGAUUCCAAUCUAAAUUGCUUCAACAAGUGGUGAUUUUGAAAACAAGGAAUGAGAAGGGACUGUUUCCUGAUCUUACACCUGAGCUCAAACGUUGGGACACUGCUUUUGACCAUCAAAAAGCUCGUACUACUGGAGUUAUUACACCCAAGGUUGGCUUUGACCCAGAGUACGAUCAGGCUUUAAGUGGAAUUAUGGACUGUGAGAGAAGUCUGCAGGACUACUUAGAUAGACAGAAGAAGAGACUUGGUUGCAAGACUCUGGCUUAUUGGGGCACUGGACGAAACCGCUAUCAAAUGGAGGUUCCAGAUAGUGUUUCUGAAAGAAGUAUACCAGAGGAAUAUGAAGUGAGGUCCACAAAAAAGGGCUGUAAGAGAUACUCAACAAAGGAGAUUGAGCGCUUGUUUUCAGAGUUGCAAAGCUGGGAGGACAAGAGGGAUGCAGCACUGAAAGACUGCAUGAGAAGACUUUUCUACAACUUUGAUAAAAACCACAGAGAUUGGCAGACUGCUGUGGAGUGCAUGGCAGUGUUUGAUGUAUUGUUAAGUUUGUCCCAUUAUAGCCAGCGUGAAAAUGGACCAAUGGCAAGACCGGAAAUAGUUUUGCCAGAUGAUAGCCCUCAGGCUUCCCCUUUCCUGGAUCUCAGAGGAUCCCGUCACCCUUGUGUCACCAAAACUUUUUUUGGUGAUGACUUUAUUCCUAACAACAUCUUCAUUGGUAGUCCUGGCAAUGAGGUGUUGGAGUGUAAAGACACCAAAAAAGAGCUAGCCUUAUGUGUGCUUGUGACUGGGCCAAACAUGGGAGGCAAGUCCACCCUAAUGAGACAGUGUGGUCUGGUUGUGAUCUUGGCUCAGCUUGGCUGCUAUGUACCUGCCGAGAGCCUACGCCUUACUCCUGUGGAUCGGGUGUUUACUCGCCUUGGUGCCUCAGAUCGCAUAAUGUCUGGAGAGAGUACUUUCUUUGUUGAACUCAGUGAGACCGCCAGUAUCCUCCUUCAUGCUACCAGCCAUUCACUUGUUCUUCUUGAUGAACUGGGCAGGGGCACAGCCACCUAUGAUGGCACAGCAAUUGCAAGUGCAGUAGUAAAAGAACUGUCUAAUAAAAUCUGCUGUCGAACUCUGUUCUCAACUCACUACCACUCACUGGUGGAAGAUUAUGCCCAGGACCCAAAUGUCAAACUUGGCCAUAUGGCCUGCAUGGUAGAGAAUGAGUGUGAUGAGGAUCCCAGCCAGGAGACGAUAACCUUUCUCUACAAGUUUAUCGGUGGUGCAUGUCCCAAAAGCUAUGGCUUUAAUGCUGCACGUCUUGCUAAUGUCCCUGAGGAGGUAAUCCAGUCAGGACACCAUAAAGCCUAUGAGUUUGAGAGGAGCAUCAUGGCUCUUAGGAUCUUCAAAAAACUGUGUUCAUUUGCUGAAGGGCCAACAACUAACAACGAACAGUUUGCCAGAGUGGUUCAGAUGAUUGGCAACCUGUAAUGUUUAUUGUUUAACUGAAAUGUAUUACUACUGGAGUGAUAUAAAGUUUAUUUUACAACUUAACACUUAUUAGUUGACUAAACAUAAAAUUAAGUAGCAUUUAGAUUAUUAAUUAGUAAUAAUAAUAGUAGUUAUUAUGCAUGAUAGACUGUAUUAAGUCUACAUGUCAUACAAUUUAGGCUGUAUAAAAGCCCAGUAUAGAGCCUAUAUUGUCACCAAAUGCAGUUGGAUGAAAAGGCAGUAUAAACACUUGUAAACAGUUCCAGUGAAGCCAGAAGUUGUAUUCCAUUUUCUUCAGAUGUGUUUAUUCAGUCCCUUAUAUUCCACCCAACUCAUUAUAUGAAAGGACAACAAUUAAUGAUUUUGAGAGACUGUUACUAUAGACAUUUCUAUAGUAACAAUUAGGUGGAAAAAAUAUCAAAAGCCGGCAUUGACCAUGGGCAGUCCCAUAGGGGACUACGCAAAAGCAGGAUCCAGAGAACAAAGGGGAUUUUUUUUCUUUUAUUUGCUCCAUGUAAACACUGCCUGUCCACUUCUCUUCAUUUACAAAUAAAACAUUGCUGAAGAAA